AUGAGGCACAGUUCGUGGCCCCGCGCCGUCUUGCGUGCCAACGGGCAGCUGUUACGACAACACGGAUAUGGACCAGGACGCACACCGCGGUCCCAGGCGCAGACGCGGGGUCUGAAUGCGGCCGCCGCAGCCCACGAGACGGCCGACCCCGAACGGCAGCAACCUCUCGCCCGCCGCCGUCUCGCCGAGGACGCGAGACCCUUCUCCGACUUCCUCACCGACACCUUCCAGCGCCAGCACGACUACCUCCGCAUAUCCGUCACGGAACGGUGCAACCUCCGCUGCGUGUACUGCAUGCCCGAGGAGGGCGUGCCGCUGUCGCCGCCGAGCGAGCUCCUGACGACGCCCGAGAUCGUGCUCCUGUCCUCCGUCUUCGUGUCCCAGGGCGUCAACAAGAUCCGCCUGACCGGCGGCGAGCCGACGGUGCGCCGCGACAUCGUGCCGCUCAUGCAACAGAUCGGCGCCCUCCGGCCCCACGGCCUGCGGGAGCUGUGCCUGACGACCAACGGCCUCUCGCUCCACCGCAAGCUUGACAGCAUGGUCGAGGCCGGCCUCACGGGCGUCAACCUGAGCCUCGACACCCUGGACCCGCACAUGUUCCAGGUCAUGACGCGGCGCAACGGCUUCGACGCCGUCAAGAAGAGCAUCGACCGCAUCCUCGAGCUCAACCGCCGCGGCGCCGGCAUCAAGUUCAAGAUCAACUGCGUCGUCAUGCGCGGCCGCAACGACGCCGAGAUCGUGCCCUUUGUCGAGAUGACGCGCGACAAGGACGUCGAGGUCCGCUUCAUCGAGUACAUGCCCUUUGACGGUAACAAGUGGAACAAGGGCAAGAUGCUGGGCUACGCCGAGAUGCUCGACGUGAUCCGCGCCAAGCACCCGACCCUGGCCAAGGUCCAGGACCACAAGAACGACACGAGCAAGACGUGGCACGUGCCCGGGUUCGCCGGCCGCAUCGGCUUCAUCACGAGCAUGACGCACAACUUCUGCGGCACCUGCAACCGCCUGCGCAUCACGAGCGACGGCAACCUCAAGGUGUGCCUGUUCGGCAACACCGAGGUGUCGCUCCGCGACAUCCUGCGCAAGUCCAACAACGGCGACCCCAUCGACGACGCCGCCCUCGAGGCCAUGAAGCAGAUCGAGAUGGACCGCCGCCAGGGGCUGGCCGACUCGGCCAAGCCCCUCGGCCAAGCCCUCAACGAGGCCGAGCUGCUCCAAGUCAUCGGCAUGGCCGUCAAGCGUAAGAAAGAGAAGCACGCGGGCAUCGGGGAGCUGGAGCACAUGAAGAAUAGGCCCAUGAUCUUGAUAGGUGGGUAA